GUACGGUGAGCCUCAGUGCACGCUUGGGAGUGAUGGUGUGAGGACGUGCCGCGCCCCUGCUCUGGAUUACUGCCACACAAAGUCUCUCCUUGGUGCUCGUAAUCGCCGUCGCCGCCGCCAUGAGGAUUUAUCUGGUCAUCGGGUGCAUAGCCCUGGUGGGGCCCGUCUCGCAGCACAAGGUGUUGGCGACGACAAACGAGGACCUGUACCUGGCUGACUUCGGGUCGGGGGACGGGAUCGAACUAGAGGAGGACUCUGAGCUGUCGCACGACUCCGUACACCACCGCCACAACGACGCCGAUCUCACCCACCUGGACGAGGAAGGGUCAGGCGACAGAAGCAAGAGCACGCCCUAUGAGUCCACCUACGAUGAGUACACUGAUGAUGAAUACCCCGACAACAUGGACCCCAAAUUCAAGCCGCCCGAGGAUGACGAAGCGAUUGAAGGAUCGGGAUCAAAAGUGCUCGUUCACACUGAGGACCACGACCCCAUCUUCAAGGAGGACGACGUCAGUCACAGAGAAGAGGUCAUAGAGGAGAUCAUUAUAGACGAGAGUGGGAGUCCGACAGUGGAAGAGCAGCCGCCCACCACCCCCCCUCCCACGCUAACCGACAAUUCCGACAUGGAGGGCAAUAUACAGAUCCACACGACUGUAACGGAUGAACGACAGGUCUCCAUCUUCGCUCAGCCCGGCAUCCUGGCAGCAUUCAUCGGUGGUGCAGUAGUUGGGCUCUUAUGUGCCAUCCUACUGGUGAUGUUCAUUGUCUACCGCAUGAGGAAGAAGGAUGAAGGCUCAUAUCCCUUGGAUGAACCAAAGCGCAUGCCUCUCACCUCAUCCUACUCUCCCAAUGAUAAGGAGAUCUAUGCCUAAACUAUCUCCUCUCUCAGAAUACCAGCGGCAGCAGGGAGGGGGUCCUUGACUUCCUUAUCCCCACCCCGAAAACCAGUAGAAAAUGACCAAGAAAUUAAUGGUACAAUGUCACCCACCACCACACCCACUGUACCACUACUGUGUUUGGCUGGGAUGAGGGAAUUAAUAGUAUCCCAACCCCUACCAUGUAGGGCAACGUAUUAGGACAAAAUAAGUUCAGAAAACUUUACAAGCGAUCAAAAUAUCAAAAUUUUCUUCCCUCGUAUUCCUCCAAUAUUUUGAGGGAGCUGUAUUUGGGAUGCAUGUUAAAUUAAUUUUUUAAAUAUUAUGGAAUUGGUUUUAUAGGAUCCUGAUUAUUCAUUCUUUUAGUUAAUUUAUCAUUUAUAUCUGAUAAAUUAUUCCUUAAAAACUAUGAGCAUUUAAUAACAGGAAUAAACAAGAUCCUAGAUAACCAAGGCCUUCAUUGUGAAUGCAUUGCACUAUUUUGGGACCCAAAGAGUGAAUAAUAACAUCAUAUCAACACAAGCAUUUUUAUGCUGUUUAUUGUAGCAACUGACCAAUAAGGGGAAGUUCAGCUGUUAAUAUCAUAUUUGUUCGUGGUUCUCAAUUCAUCGGUAAUGAGUUCACUAAUCGCUCAUAUUGCCAGUCUUGCUGGCUCCAUGCCAGCUCAAGAAAAAACAGGGUAGACAAAUAGGUUCAUUUUUUCAGUUAUGUGCACCAAGAGUUUCAGUUGGGAACCAGGAAUCUAUGUUUUUAACCUCCUCCUGGAAUAUGGAGGAUUUCUAAUUCAAGUUUGAUUAAGAAACGUGCUUUUGAGCUAUACAUCCUUUUGGGGCCGCCUUUUAUAUUGGAGAAUGUUUUGUCCUUGUAAUUAUUCCAUGCAAUGUUUUAAUUUGUUUAACUUUGAGACACUUUGACCAUUUCCAAAUAAUACCUGCCAUUAAAAAUACAUUAUACUCUAUCAUUUUUACUAUACUUUUUUAUGACGUUAGUACUGUAUUAGUGCUGUAUAUACAAUACACAUUUCCAUCGUGUAGAAGGCACAACGUAUUGUGUAAGUGAUGGUGAGUAAAAGAACCACCCCUCGUUCCAUGACAUAUUUCCAAUUAGAAUUUCACAUUUUUUUGUUUUUUGAUCCAGACUCUUAAGGACAUUUGAUUCUCUCCGGUUUGGUAUUAUGUUUAAAGAAAAUGAGGGUCUAGCUUCUGUUUAUUUUUAUUUGGAAGGAUUAUGAUCUGGUCGUUCAUUUUGCAGCAAAAACACAACCCACUUCAUGGCUAAUUACUCAAGGGUGUGACUGAAUCCCCCAGUAUAAAAAAGGUGGUUUAUUUUAGCACUUAUUUUUAUGUUCAUUUAUUUUUAAUUUAAUUUUUUAUUUUUCAUUUGAUAGGCAUUUGCAAUACUGUAUAUGGUGUUAGAGAAUGGGUCUUAUUGAGGGGAAAUUCCUGCCUUAUUGUAAUAAUAUUUUACUCUUUGAAUGUGAUGCUCUUGACCCAGUCAUAUAUUUUAUGACUUGAAGGUUAGAAACAAAAUAUUUUGUGAGAUUGUGGAAGAUUGUUUUGAUAUUUAAUAUUACUUUCUAUAUUAUAUAAUAGUCAACACCUUCAUUUAUUAUUUGCAAUGAGCACAGUAGUAGUUAGGUUGACAACAGGAUUGCUUGUUGUGUUAAGGGCUACCCGGCUUAUCUCUUAUCUCAAUAAGCAGAGGCUUCACUGCUGGACUCUGGUGCAAUGCAAGUCUUGUCCCGCCACAUGGGCCUAGAAUUUAGGCUUAUCUAGUGUUGGCGAGGACAUUGUGCACACAUUGUGUGGGGAUGAGGGAGGGGGGGGAUGUUGGUUAGUACUGUUGACGGGUUAUCCUAGCUUAACUCCCCCCCAUCAUAGUGAACUGGGCCUGCCUUGCUUCACUAGUAUUGUGCUAAAUCUUCCAGUCUUGAGUGACGUGCUCUGACUCUGCCUCCGUAAUCUUGGCAGGUUUUUUGGUAUGGGUUUCUCAACACUCAUAUUGGGAUUUGCUUAUACAGUAUGACAAUAUUUAAUUUAAUUAUGGCUUUGGAUUGGGUAUUUGAGCUCAAUUGUAAAAUAAACAAAAUGGGAUUUGAAGGUGAUGUCUUUUUUUUAAUAUGUAUUUUAUUUACUCGUAGGAUAAUCGAACUCACUUUCUUGUACUGUAAUGGAUUAUUUAUGUAUAAUGAAAAGCAAAAAUAUAUACAAAUUGGGAUGGGAACAUUACAUAAUUACUCACACAAGCAAUAAUGGUAAAGUAAUGACCUGGAACCAUAAGGAAAUAGUAGCUCAACAUUAUUCCAUGAUAUGAUAUUAAUGCAGUCCACCUGCCAAAACAAAGGCCGGACAGAAAAUGUAUUUGCUAAAACACAGGACACAUUUUGUCUUGCAAAACAAAUUUAACAUGUAAAUUGCUCUGCUGGGAUUGAACUUUGCUCCAGUGGUACAAUAAAUCUCAAAGCAAUCCUUAAAUCAGGGGUCAAAUAUGUUUUACAGAGACUGAAGGGGUUUUAAUAUAUUUUUAUAAUUGGAUUGGAUUAUCAGUCAAUGAAUUUUUUAAUGCAGCAUUAUCUUUUGAUCUUAAUAGGUUGUUGUUUUUUAUCAAACAACAACAUUGAAAGCUUCCUCCCAUUAUUUUCAUUUCGUCUAAGAGAUAGUUUUGUUACAUACAUGUGCGUGUGUGUGAUGUUUAAGAGAGCUUGAGUAGAGAUCUGCAGUGACUGAGAAAUGACCCACAGACAGACAUUAUGCAUUUAUACCAAUGGGAGGAAGUACGGCUGUGCAACUCACACUGUUCAAGCAUAAGGUGUUAGAAAAUGAUUUUGAAGGUGCAUGUGUGUGUGUGUGCAUUUCCCACCGCCAAGUCCUGCUGAGUGCACCAGCUGAUUGACAAUCAUCCAGUUAUAAAUGAAGGGAAAAAAAAUAAAGCUACUGACCACAGUCUGAUAGUGCAGACAUAAAUGUACAGUACUUGAUUUCAUUAGUUUUUGUAAACAAGAUGCACAAUGUGCAGGCAGCCACGCAGAGUAAUAGACACUGGAUAUAGAUUUCGAUUUGCAAACUAGACAAAGUUUUUGUAAUGAAAUGUUACAGUAUUUUGAAAAUGAAAUUUCUACCCAGUGCCAGUGUAUGUGCUUCAUUAUCAGUUUUAUAAAUUUGUUUAAUUUAUAAUUGUUUUACCAUACCAUUUGAGUUUAGUAAUUGCUGUCAAAAGUAUUUUAAAAUUUUACCAAUAUUGGCUGUGUUUUUAAAAGAAAUGAACUUUAUUUAUUUACUCAUUUAUAAAUUUGCAUAUAAAACUAAACAAGGUGAGAGGGUGGCCCUGGGCAAGUUUGUGCAACUGCUCAUGCACAUACUCGCGCACACUCGCAUGCACACACAAACACAUACACAUAUGCAUGAACACACACAAACACACAUUUACACACAUUUGCGCGCACACACACACACACACACACACACAAAUAAAUUUAGACACACAAAAUUAUACCCACACUCAAACUUUCAUAACUUUCCUCGGGUUAUCGGUAAGUGCUGACUCAAUGUAAGCGUUCACUGGCAUGCUCCAUGUGCUGUGGAGGUGUGGUAGAAACUGUACUGGCCUGAGGUUCACUCUAUGUAUUAUUCUAAACUAACCAACUAACUAGCAGUCACUUUAUUAAUGUGUUGUACUGCACAACUGUUUUAUAACAUGUCUGUUCCAGUCCAAUCCGAACCUUUAGAUUUAGCCAGGGCAUCUCGGGGGAGAGUUUUCCAUUGAUCAAGUGUGCCAAGUAUAUUUUCGUAUCUUUAUUCAUAUUAUUUAAUUAACAGUUAUUAAGAACACUCAUUCAGAUAUUUUUUUUUUAAUUUUGAAGCUUCUGGAUUCCAAGUAUUAUAUUGUAGUAAUCUUAUAAUGUUUAAUUUAGAAACUACUGUCACAUUAUAUAGGUCACUUACUCAAAAAUUUUAGAGCUUAUUUGAAACCACAGAAACCGGAAGGUCUCAGGUAAUCAAAUGUUCAUGUUUUUGUCUCUAUUAGUUUUUAAAUUAUUCUUGAGAGCUGGAGGAGAGAUACCUUACCAGUCUCCUCAGUGUUCCAGCAAGCAGUGUUAAGAAGCUGUCAAAGUUUUUCACCACAGAAACCAUUCUUCAUAAGAACUUUUUUAAAACUUGGCAGGAUUCUCUUAUCAGAGCUGUAUGUGUACAAAUGUGGUGAGAUCAAUAAGCAAGUCAUGUAGGUCACUAAUAGACUUUAAUCUUGUGUAUAUAAACAAGAAACAGGGAGUCCUAGAGAGGACCUGCCAUUGACUUGAGUGUGACUGAUACUGUCUGAGAUAAGUAUCAACUGGGGACUCCUGGCUGUCACUCGCUCAGCUUCAUAACCACCUACCUGCACUCGCCUUAAUCACACCAGUCUUUUAUUGUUUGUUUUGUACAGAGAAGCUGAAUUCUGGUGGUAGUUCCCAACACAUGGUAUAUAGUUUCUAUUUUUAUUAUAUUAAUAGUAGAGAAAGAUCUUUUAUGUUUAAAUUUGGUAUUAAUAUGUCAGUCAGUUAUUUUGAAUAGCAUAUAAUGUCACUAUUGUAUAUAGCCUCUAUGGGUGAUGCCACAGAUGAAACAUUUGUAAUGGUGAUAGCCAAAGAUACAAGUUGGUAGUGAGUUGAAGAUGUGUGUGUGUGUAUGAGGGAGUGGAGUAUCACCAAGGUGUUGUCUUGCUGAGGGAGCUGACCAGUGGCUGUGUCGGCUGAUCCGAGCCUCCGCUAGCAUUAGUCACAGCGGCUGUUUUUUCUCAUUUCACAGUAGGUAGGCAAUGAAGACCACCAUACUUUAGACUUGCAUCAGCUGACUCUGUCACAAUUGUGUGUAUAGUAUUUUGUAAAGGUGAGUUUGGGUCACAAGGAUGUAGGUGGUCCCCAGUCUAACUCAUUUUGGAAGAUGAUCAUUAAGAGCACUGGGCAACUCUUGCUACUGUUUAACGCAUCACUAUCAGGAAAUGUAAUAAAAAAUUAACCAAAUUUUUAAUACAAAUCUAGAAUUUUCAAUGAAUAACCCACACUGCAUUUACAAAAUUAAAAGUUAAUGUUUACAAAUUGCUUUGUGAAAGUAAAAAGUUGUUCUGUGCAUGCUUGUGAUCCUGCGUCCAAUGUCAUAUUGUAAACUGUAUAUUAACGUUCAUACUGAUAUCCUUUCCUAGACUGUUCAUCUAUACGGGGUCCUUUUGUACUUGUAUGACUGACAACCUUAGAGUAACAUGUGUUCAGUAAGUAGUACUUGGAAAAUAAAUCAUUUAUGGA